AUGCUAUAGGGAUUUUGUUUUGUUUCAAUGUAUUAGCCUAGCUUUACUUUAAACAUAAAGAUUUAAAAAUUAGUAUUGCUAAUAUAUUAUUGUCAAACAUUAGCAUUAGCUUUUCCAUUAGAUGGUUGGAAUUAAUGGACUUAUACAGAUGGAGCUUUUAGAAUGACAAAAAAUUUAUUAAAUAUGAUAUUGGUUUUUCCUUUUGUCAAUGAAGUAAAAUCAUCAACAUUGAUAUAUGUUUUGAUACUACUAUUCUCUUUAUUUAACAUUUUCAUGUUGCUAGCAAUAUUUUUGAUUGCCAAAUUUAAAAAUAAACUUUCAUUUAUGCUAACUUUUACAUAUUGGUAUUUAGUAAUUGUUCCUAAAUUAUUUUUUAUACCAUAAUUGUUCAUAUUUAUUGGAUCUCUAUCAUUUAGUUAAAGAGCUCUAUUAUAUUCAAAUUUUUAAUUUCAUGCAUAUUUACCAGUGAGUGGAGUAGGUUUGUUAAUACUGUCAUGUUUUUGUUUUUUUAGUAGCUACUUUAUUAGAAGUACAAGAUUGUAAUAGGAUAAUGGCUUAAUAUAAAAAUUUAGUUUAUUACUUUUUAUUGAAUAAUGUCUUAACAUUAUUAUUACUUGUUUGUAUUUUUAAAAUAGAAGUACAUUUAAUAUUGUAGUAUAAUUAUUAAUGAUGCAUCUGUAUUAUUUAUGUUAAUUCAUUAACGCAUUUUAUGUUGGAACCUUCCCUCCUCAUUUAUCUAAAUUCUGCUUAAUUAUAAUUUCAUCAUGUUAAAGCUUACUAAUAGUUAUAACCAUAAAUUUAUCAUCAAGAAAUCAUAUAAUAUAAGAAGAAUAAAUUUUAAUAAUGUGGUUGAUAUUUAUGACAUUUUCAAUUUCUAUAAGCUCAAUAUUAAAUGAUAGAAAAUAAAUUAAAUUACUCUUUAAAUAAACAAAUGUCUUUGAAUUAUAAGAGUUUGUUUAAUAUAUUUAUUAUAUGAUGCCUGAAUUAAGAAAUAAUGAUUUCAAAAUUUAGAAUAGAUUUAUUUAUUGUAUUUUUAUUCAAAAUCAUUUAUAAUAAUGUAUAAACUGUUAAAAGAUUAGAUAAAGUAAAAAUAAGGUAGCUUCUAAAUUUUUAUUUACUAAUGUACUUUAUUGUAUAAUAAAAGAACAUCUUACAGUUUUAAAAUUGAAUUCUAAAUCUGAAUAUGAAUAAUUUGAGAUAUAUUAUGCAGAUUUUCUAAAUAAAAUUAAAAAAUAACCACUAUUAUCUUUUGUAGAAUUGAAAGUAUACUAAUUAUAAAAUUCACAAGCAUCUCUAUAUUUAAAAAAUACUAUUUAGUACUUUUUUCAAGAUCUUUAAUAAAUUAUACUUGAUACAAGAUUACAAUUUCUUUAAAAUCGUCAUAAUUUUGAAGAGAAUUGUCUUGAAAUAAAGGAUAUUAUGUAAGCAAAUUCUAUAGAAGAAUAAAUUUUACCUUAAAUAGUUGAACUUAUAGAUCAUAAAAUAAGAAUUUGGAAUGAAUAGAUUAAUGGUUUAGAUUCUAUAUAUGAUUUAGAAUAAUUGAUUGUGAAUUAUACAAGUAAAAUAUUAAGUUGUUAAGAUUUAUUGUAAUAAAAAUUAUAAAUAGAUUUAAUGAAUUUAAAUUAAAUCUAAAAAGCUAGAAAUGUUAUAGAAUUGAGGAUUGCAUCAAUAUUUCAUUUGAUAAUUUUAAAUGAUUUUUAUAGUUCUCUAUAAUGUGAAUAAUAAAUAUCUGAAGUUUUGGCAAUGGAGAAUUCACUUCCAAAUGAUGUUAUUAGUAAUAUUGAUAUUCUUUAAGAUAAUUUAUGUUUAAUUAUGGUUAGUAUGGUAAAAAAUAGAGGAUAUAUAAAAAAUAAUAAAAAGAAUUAGAUUGCUAAUUAUUUUGGAUUAGAUAUUAAAGAAGUAGAAAGUGUAAAUCAUAUUAAUUAGUUCAUUCCUCAAUUUAUUGCUGAUAUUCAUGAAUAAUUUUUAUAAUCUUAUUUAGAAACAGCAUAAUCUCCAUUAUUUAAUUAAUAUGAAAUUGUAUUUAGUAAAUUAAAAAAUGAAUUUGUAUAAGCAUAAUAAUUAAAAUUAGAAAAUAAUUUUGAUUUUUUUGAUGAUUAUGUUGUUACUGGAUGUUUAUCAAAAGUGAAAGAAACAUCAGAAUUUAUAUUAUUUGAUGAAAAUGGAAAGAUUCUAUCAGUAACUUAAGGAUUUUAUACAGAUAUAAUUUAAUAAUCAUUUCAAGAAGAAUUAAAUGCUUAAACAAUUAAUUAAGCUUAUAUAUUUGUAUUUUUUACUAAUAUAUUUUCUAUUUUAGAAUCAUAAAAAGAUAAUAUUAAUUAAUCAGAAUAUCUUUAAGUAGAAUUUAUGACAACAAUAACAAUUUUUGAAAAUUUAUCUAAAAUAAUAUAAUUCUUUUAUGAAAAUAAAAUGGCAACUUCAACCUCAUUUGCAUAUUCAUUAAGAAAAAGUAUGCAAAAAACAGCAAUAUUAUCUUAGAAUAAGACAUAUACAAGUAAAAAAUAAAAAGAAAAUAUACAAACAGGGAGAUAUUAUGUAAAUAAUAGUGUAAAAUUAUCUGAUGAUAUUUAAUUACUUUGUCCUCGUUUUAAAAGUUAAGUAUUAGAAUAUAUGCAAUAAUAUAAUGUAAAUUCUUAUUAAUAUUUUAGAAAUUCUAAUCUGUUUAAUAUUUAUCGAAAAUAUCAUUAUAAUAUAGAACUAUUGGUAAAAAAUCAUCUUAAAAAUCAUACUUUAUAAUUGAGAUUUUGGAUUAUAGGAAAAAAGGUGCAAAUGCAAUGUCUUCUGUUAAUUCAAAAUAAUACGAUAGUAUAUAUAAUAAUAAGAGUAUUCUUUUUAUAUUUAAUCUAAUUAGAUUUUAGUAGUGUAUUAACAGAUAUUACAACAAGUGAAAGAAUAGUUCAAAAAGAUGAAUAAAAACCUAAUGUAAAUUUUAUAAUUAUAUAGGAAAUAAUUGGGAAUAGUUUUAAUCAUUUAUUAAGUGAUAGAGAAUAAUUAUUUGGAGUAUUAAAUUAAUCAUUUUAAGAGAGUUAAAGUUUUGGUCCUUUAUCUUAAAGAGCAAACUUUAUUUCUCCUAGAUAACAUAAUUUAGAUGAUGAAUUAAAGAAAUUAGAAAUUGAAUUUUAAGAUAUUAGAGUAAGUUUUAAUGGUGGACCAUCUAUUCAUUAAUAUGUUGGGGAUGAAAAAGAUGAUGAAGAUUAUAAUAAUGAAUCUAAAUCUAAUUAACCAUAGAAAUCAAGUAGUGAAAAACUUUAAGAAAAGAGUUAUAAAAUGUUAAAAUUAUUAACUAAUUACAAAGAUAAAGGAAUUAAGGAAAGGGAUGAUCAUUAAUCAUAUUCUAGUAAAACAUCAGGAACUUCAAAAACAUAGUAUAUCUCAAUUAUCAAAAAUUUUUAACACUCUAAAAUUAUGAUUACCAGUCUAAAAAUCAUUUUAAUUUUAACAUUAAUAUUAUUUCUUUGUGCUCUAUCAACCAUUAUAAUUAAUACUUAAGUCAUUAAAUCAUAAAUUGAGGAUCUAAUAGAUAGUAGUUAUUCACUUAAUGCUCCAUUACUUUUCAAUAGAUAUUUUUUUUAAAGUUAUGCUUUAUCAUGGACAUUGUUAAUGAAUGGACUUAAAAUUCUAAAAAGUAGUGAUUUUUUAAAUAAUCAAACUUUCACAACUAUUAAACAUUAGGGAAAUGAAACAUUUGAAAAUUUAGGCAUUAUGUAUCCCAAAUUUAUAGAGAUUGAAAAUAUGGGAUUAUUAUCAAACAUCAGUAUUCAACUACUCGGUUUACCUAGAAAAACUGUCUCUUAUACUGAAUUUAUCAAUAACAUAUAAAAUACACUUUAGUAUUUCUUCUAGAUUAAGUAUUUUUCAAAUGAUGAAACUGAUUAAGUCUUAGAUUUAGAUUAUGUUAAUUCAGUUGUCACACUUAGAUAUAAUUUAAAAUAUGUUUUUGACAUGAAUAAGGAAUUAAUCUAAUCAUUAGAUAUCAUGAGUUAAAAUAUGAUUAUAAAUGGUACAUCUAAAUUGUAAUCAUUAACAAUAGCAGAGAUAUGUUUUAUAUUUUUUAUUCAUUUAAUUUCAUUGUUUUUUUGGAAAAAGACUGAGAAUUAAAAAUAAUAAAUUUUAUUAAUUAAUGGUAGACUUUAAGAGAAUUCUGUAAAUGAUAUGAUAUAUAAACAUAUAAAUAUCAAAUCCAUAUUAUAAUUAGCAGAUUAAAAAAAGAAUAAUUGGAAAAAAUAAUAAAUUUGUAUGAUAUUUUAAUAAGUUUUGGAUAAUUAAGAAGCAAAAUAAAGAUAUUUAGAAUAAAGAUUUAAUUAAUUUAAUAAAUCUAAAAAUGACUAAAAUAAAAAAAAAGGGUAAGUUGGUAUGCUUAAUUCUAGAAUACGUAAUACAUCAUAUUCAAUUAAAAAAUAUAUUUGUUAUUAUAUUGCAAUAUUUUUGAUACUAUCAAGUUUUUUAUUAGGAGGCUAUUUUUAUUAAACUUCAUUAAUGUUUAAUCUUAUUCCUUAAUAAAAAUUAACUUUAAAUUUUGUUAGAUUUUCAUCUUAUCUUGAUACUCUAAUAACAACUGCCUUAGUAAUUAAAACAUAACCUUAAGUAUAUCCUGCAAUUGUUUCAAAUAAAAUUUAUACAUAAGCUUAAAUGAAUAAAUAUAGGGAUCCAUUAAAAUAAUUAUUUUAUAUGUUUCUUGAUGUUUAUGAAGUUUAUGAUUAAAAUUUAACAGAAAUCUAUGAAGGUAUAUUAUUUUCAAAAGAUAUUGAUGAUUCUAAAAAAGAACUAUUAUUAGGAUUGUAUGAAAGUGAUAUUUGUUAAAUAAUUUAUCAUGAUAUUCCAUUUUGUCAAUAUGAAACAUUAGGAGAAAUCAAUUUUAUUUAAAAAUAUUCUUAAUUUCAUUUUUAAGACAAUAAUAGAGAUUAUUUGGAAAAUGGUCUUGUUGGGAUUACUAGUAGUAUUAGUUAUUUUAUGAAAACAAAUUAUGAUUAUGAAAUUGCAACUAUUACUUAUGUCACAGAUUUUAAUGAACUUAAUAACUUAUAUAAAACACAAGAAUUUACUAAUAUAAUACUAGAGCAUUUCAGUUCAACUACAUAAAGUACAGAAAAGAUAUUAAAUAUUAUAUUGUCAACAAAUGAAAUAAUAUUAAAUGAAUACUUGAAACUAAUUACUAUUUAUUAUGGAUUGAUAGGAACUGGAUUGUUGGUCCUAUUCUCAUUUUUUUUCUAUCGAUUAUUGGAUUAAACAGAUGAUAAUUUCAUUCAUUUAAGAUUAGGAUUGACCUUAGUCCCUAUAGAAGUGAUUACGGAUCAAUACAAUAUUUAAUUGAUAAAAUAAUUAAAUUGA